UUGGAUCGCCGCUAGAGGUACUGGGCGGCACAGUCGGGCGUUCGCUCACGCGCACACAUACAGAGCCGAAGUUUACGUUGGUGUUUUACCGCAAGAAUAUCGUUUGGUCAUUGAACGAGACGCCGCUCGAGAUACACACAAAGAUGCCGGAACUUACGGAAUUGGACAAGGCUGCGAGCUCUGAACCCACCAAGGUUGAAGUCGCUGCAGCUGGCUCAGAAACUGACUCUGACUCUGACGACUCCAGUCCUGACCGUGAAGAAUCUGGACAGAGCGGUGCAGUUGGUUUCUCUGGUCCCAAUGUCGCCGGACUCCCCAUGGAUCUCAUUUCCAAGGCUAAGCAAAGCCGUAGCGAGAAAAAGGCCAGAAAACUGAUGAGCAAACUUGGACUCAAAUUGGUUCAAGGAGUCAACAGAGUGACCAUUCGAAAGUCGAAGAACAUUUUGUUUGUUAUCAACAAACCUGAUGUUCUGAAAAAUCCAGCGUCAGAUACGUACAUUGUGUUCGGCGAAGCAAAGAUCGAAGACUUGAGCCAACAAGCUCAAGUUGCUGCAGCCGAGCAGUUCAAGGAACCUCCGGUAAUCCCUGCGACCGAAGCCGGUGGCAGCACAACGGUCGUUGCACCGAUACAAGAAGAGUCUGAGGAAGAAGUGGACGAAACGGGAGUCGAGGAGAAGGACGUUGAGCUGGUCAUGUGCCAAGCCAACGUUUCACGAGGGAAAGCCAUAAAAGCACUCAAAAACAAUGAGAAUGAUAUUGUCAAUGCCAUUAUGGAAUUGACAAUGUGAUGAAGCUAUUUAGGAGUAAGACACGUCGCGCGUUAUUUCGCGCUCUAACGAUUAAAAAACCGACAAAAAUGAUAUGAAUAAAGCAAAAAUUAAGAAUAACUCGCAAUUUCAUCAUUCACUUUCGGACCGUCGUAAUAAUUUUUCUCAGUUCUCUCAUCAACGUUGCAAACGAAAUGACACGGGAGACAAAUAGUAGCAAACAAACAAAAAAUACAAAUUUCACAAGAAGAAAAGGAAUUCGAAUUCGAAGAAUCGACGUUGUGCAUUGUUCCGGAUGAUAAUCGGCCAAUUUACAUGUACAUACAUAAUAAUUCAUACGAAAAAAGAAAACAAACGAAAAUAUAAAUAAAACAAUAAAAAAACAACGCAGUAAACUCAAAA